AUGGCUGAUGUUGCACCUCCAGGCGGCCCGUAUCAGGCACCGCCUGUGCAGCCAACAGACAUGCCCACGGCCCCGACCGUGCGCACAGCCACGCCCACGCCGGCAAACCCAGUCCAACAGCUGGCACAGCGAGUUUCUAUCGUUUGGUUUAAGAUCAGACGUAGACAUCGUAAGUAG